AUGACAGUUGAAGAACUUGAAGAAAUGUCACCCGAGCCAGGAAAUUCUAAUGUGGGUAGUGUGUUUGACGAGAGUCGAUGGGCACCGAAACAUCGAGAUAUUCAAUGGAGUACGCAAGGGUCUUCACAAGUGUAUAUAUAUCUCGACCAGAACGAGAGCUUCGUUGCUACAGACGUUACAAAGAAUGAAACGCGGGUUCUGGCGUACUCGUACUGGUUAAAAGAUAGUUCCGGAAAUCCUCUUUUGUUCAAGGAUUGGCGUUUUUCUCCCAGUAUGAGAUUUGUUUUGGUCAAGGCGAAUGUCGCGAACGUAGGCGUCCCAGUCGACUUUACACAUCCCCCGUUAUUCACCAACAGGUUGAAGCGUUGGCAUAGAUCAAAAUUCGGGAACUAUUAUAUCUACGACUUGGCCAUAAACUCGACCUUUCCCUUGACUGAGCCUACAGCUGCUCCUUCCACAAUCACAGCCGUAUGGGCACCCACCGAGGAUUCAAUUGCUUUUGUGCAUAACAACGAUCUUUACUAUGGUUCUUAUCCAUUGUGA